AUGCAUUGUAAAUCAAAUUCUGACGGUGACAGUCGUAUACACUGGUACCAGAAGAAAGCAGAUCAGCCUCCAACAUUGCUUUUUUAUUGGGCUGUAAAAAGGUUCUCCGGAAUUCCUGAGAAGUAUGUUGGAUCCGGAUCUGGGAGAGAAUUCACUUUUACUGUUAAAGGAGCUGCGGAAGAUGAUGCAGGAGUAUAUUACUGUCAUCAGUUUAAGAGCAUCCCAUCCACACAGUGA